CGCCUCAUUCCUUCGAUCAACCGCAUUGCCUUCAACAUUAUAAGUACGUACAUACAUCACAGAGUUCUUCUAAUUAACUCACCAUCUUCGAUCGUCACCGAAUUUUGGAUGCGCCUACGGUGACAUGCAAGUCACGGUGACUUGCACUUUUCGGUCGACCUCAGUUAGGAUUAGGUCGACCUCAUUUAUGAUUAGGUCGACCUCAUUUAGGAUUAGGUCGACCUAAUCUGUUGUUUCAGUGUAAAAACAGUUUCAUGGUGCCUACUUUGGAGAAUCAUAUCAUACAAUUGGCUAGAUGGAAAUUGAAGAUUAAUGACUUAUUUUGAAGCUGGAGUGUCCCUCUACAUAUUGAAGUGAUUGAGAGCUCGAUAGGAAGUCCAGAAGACCAUUUUGAACCUGAUCAAAAGGCUAUGCCAAAACUGGGAAACUGCCUGAGAAUGGCUAAGUCUGGAAACGUAUUUGUGAAGCCUACUUUGUGUAAGAGUGUGGUAUAAGAUCCAGCAGAACCUUCUCCCAACAACUGGAGUUAUUGGGACCAACUGGUUCUUGACAUGGUAUCAGAGCUGGUUUGGCCAAGUGGUCAUGUGUUUGAAUCUCCACGACCCCCAAUAUUAACCUUUGAUUAAAGCACAAGGUAUGGUGGGCCUGUGCAAACUUCAAGCCCAUGGGUUGGCUUUCGUUUGAGGGGGCGUGUAAGAGUGUGGUAUAAGAUCCAGCAGAACCUUCUCCCAACAACUCGAGUUAUUGGGACCAACUGGUUCUUGACACUUUGGAGCUCAAUUCGAGAAGCAUGAAUGCGAAUCGAGUCCAAGGGCCUCUACCACGUUAAAUUAGGUAUGUUUUUAUACAAAUUCAAGGAAUUGGAUGAAAUAUUGGAUAUCUGUAAGGCUUCAAACAAAAGGGUCGAAGUUUCUACGAGGCUGUUUUUCUGGCAGACUUCGAGCACAAGUAAGCUACCAGAAAAACAGCCUUCGUAGCAACUUCGAGCCUUUUGUUUGAAGCCUUAAAGAUAUCCAAUCUUCCAUCCAAUGCCUUUCCUUUAUAGACAAACAUACUUAAUGUAACGUGGUAGAGGCCCCUAGACUCGAAUCGCAUCCAUGCUUCUCAAAUUGAGCUCUAAAGUAGGCUUCACAAACACGUUCCCAAACUUAGCCAUUUUCAGGCAGUUUCCCAGUUUUGGCAUAGCCUUUUGAUAAGGUUCAAAAAUGGUCUUGUGGACUUCAUAUCGAGCUCCCAAGUACUUUAAUGUGUAGAGGGACACUUCAGUUUCAAAACAAACCAUUAAUCUCCAAUUUUCAUCUAGCCAAUUGUAAGAUAUGAAUCUCCAAAGUAGACACCAUUAAACUGUUUUUACACUGAAACAAUAGAUUAGGUCGGCCUAAUCCUAUAUGAGGUCGACCGAAAAGUGCAUACCGUAGUAAAGUACCCAAAUUUCUCCAAAUAAUGUUGCUGAUCUAAUAAAUUGGACAACGGAGAGUACAACCAUGUUAGACUUCAUUAUUUUCAGUAUGAUAAAAACAAAGAGAAAAUGAUGUAGUAAGUCGCAAAGCAACUAAACCAAAAGAAACAAUUAAUUAUAUAAGAAGGGUGAAAUUCUAAUCAAAUAAAAUACGGUAGCAUUAUUAGCAACCAUGCUGUUGUAUUUUAGCUAUAGAACUGCAGAUUGACAUCAAUCCAAUUGGCAAACAAGAGAAUCAUUGGACCAAGAGAUGUUGAAGUUUUGGUUGUACUAUAUUGUUGUUGAUCUUGUUCAAAGUUGAAACCAAAAGAAAUAUAUAGUAAAUGCAAUUUUUUAUAUGUUAUUUAUUUGUCAUUUAUUGUACUCAAAAGAACAAUGUUUAGGGCCAACCUAUGAACAUGGAGCAUGCCUUCCAUGAGUAUUAUAUGUCAUGUUUGUAUAAAUGAGCACACAAAAUACUAAGUAUUAUGUUCCUUCUAGUAUUCUAGAUAUUACUUAAACAUAGUUUUUUUUUAACGAAAACGUGUAACCAUUGCAUUAAUCAGAAUUGGCUGCUACAUGGUCCAGUUUAAUCUGAUCAACCAAAUAAAUCGGUGGUCUAUCGAUCCACACAACUCGUCCAUCCCUGCAGCGAGCCCACAGAACAUUCUAGAUAUUACUUAAACAUAGUUUUACAUAGAUAUGAUUUGAGUUUCCAUAUAACUAUAUAAUGGAGGUACGGUAAAAACAUUUUAACAUCAGUUAAAAUGGAUUAGAAAUUAAUUAUCUCUUAAUCCAAGGUUCUCAAUAAAUCAAUUUGUAUUCUAUAACAAUUAUCAUCAUCAUAUCAUAUAAUACCGUAACACCACUUGGUGAUAUCCGUUGAAGCUUCAAACACAAGGGCCGGCCGGCAAGCCCAUUGGGUGAAAAAAUAAUAACAAAUCAUAAAUAAUGUUCAAAUGGCGAUUUUAAUUAGCAUAAACCUUCUUUGUCUUUAAUGUUCUGUUUAAAAACAAGUAGCUAAUUAGCAUUUCCUUCUAAUCUCUCUAAAUCAUCAAUGCCUCUCCAAAUCCCCCUCUAAUCUCUUCCUCCUCCUCCACCCUCACCGUUCUCCCAUCCGCCAUGGGAGCAGGCUCUAGCUGCUGCUCCGGAGACUCCGUCGAUGAAAGGACAGUGAACGGAGGAGCGGCCGCCGGAGAUGGCUUAUCGGCGAGCAACACGUCGUGGAGGAUCUUCACGUACAAGGAGCUACACGUCGCCACCAAUGGGUUUAGUGAAGACAACAAGCUAGGGGAAGGAGGGUUUGGGAGCGUCUAUUGGGGCAAAACCAACGAUGGACUUCAGAUUGCGGUGAAGAAGUUGAAGGCGAUGAACUCGAAGGCGGAGAUGGAGUUUGCGGUAGAAGUGGAAGUACUUGGCAGGGUACGCCACAAGAACUUGUUGGGGCUUCGAGGGUAUUGCGCCGGCACCGAUCAGCGACUCAUUGUUUACGACUACAUGCCUAAUCUCAGCCUCCUAUCUCACCUCCACGGCCAGUUCGCCGGCGAAGUUCAGCUGGAUUGGAAGCGCCGGAUGAAGGUCGCCAUCGGCUCCGGCGAAGGCCUUUUGUACUUGCACCACGAGGUGACGCCGCACAUCAUCCACCGCGACAUAAAGGCGAGCAACGUCCUGCUCGACUCGAACUUCGACCCGUUGGUGGCCGACUUUGGGUUCGCGAAGCUGAUCCCCGAUGGAGUCAGCCACAUGACGACACGUGUCAAGGGCACGUUGGGCUACCUCGCGCCGGAGUACGCCAUGUGGGGGAAGGUCUCCGAGAGUUGCGACGUGUACAGCUACGGGAUCCUGCUCCUCGAGCUUGUCACUGGCCGGAAGCCCAUCGAGAAGUUGCCCGGCGGGAUCAAGCGGACCAUAACCGAGUGGGCCGAGCCGUUCAUAGUCCAGGGCAAGUUCCGGGACCUGGUGGACCCAAAACUACGGGGAAACUUCGACGAGAACCAGCUCAAGCAGGCCGUGUAUGUGGCUGCUUUGUGCGUCCAGAACGAGCCCGAAAAGAGGCCCAAUAUGAAGGAAGUGGUGAACAUGUUGAAGAACUACGACCCGAGGACCCGGCCGCUCCAGACCCGGUUGGCGAGCGUUAAGUAUAGGGAGGAUUUGAUGGCGAUGGAGCAGACGGAUGAUGAGGAGGAAGAUGGAGAUCGUGGUGGCGGUGGAGGAGGAGGAGGAAAUCGUGGUGGUGGAGGUGGUAGAGGAGGAAGAGGAGAAGGAGGUAAUAACGGUGGAGGCGGGUUGCCGGAGGAAAGCGGGUAUGGUGUGUUUAGUGCGUUAGAAUUGCCGAAAAUGCAAGAUCCUUACAAACGACAUGGAAACAAUCGGACUGGAAGAUUUAAAUGAGAGGGGAAAAAAUACAUAUGUUUACAAGACACAUCUCCGAACGAAAUGAAAGGUUUGGUUUGAUUUGAUUUGGUUCAUCGUUAACCGGAUGUGCCUAAAUGUUUAAUUCCUCCUUUCGGAUUCUUCAACGUAUUGAGAGCUAUUUCAAGUAGCGACGAAGGGGAAAAAUAGGAUAAAAAGAAAAGAGUUUGUUGGUUGAAUUGGGGGGAAAUGAUUUGCUCUCUUAGAUGUAAAAUCGAUUUGUUGAUAGGAAAACAAGUCUCGUUUAUUUUUUUUAUUUUCCUAUUUUGAAAAUUACAAAGGGUCGAAUCAUGUUUUCUUUGAUUUUCCUCUGAGUUCUUUGCCAACCACCUUUCGUAAUAUAUAGAUUGAUAUUAAACAUGUAAUUAAUUUAUGGCUGUAUUAUAUAUUCACUCUUAAUACAUUACUUUAAUGCAUAAUUUUCAAAAACAUAUAUUUCAUGAAGACUCAGAAAGUCCAUUUAUCAAUUUGAAGCCGGCCGUACAACUAUAUGCCUCCAAAUGGACGAUUACUAAUCACCAAAACAAUCACAAAAAGACAUGAAAUAAGCCACUAACCAAAGCUUAAAGGCAACAAGUAAUUAGUAAUCACGCACGGUGAACUUAAUGUUCAUUAUUGAAGUAAGUACAAGAAGGAGCAAUUGUUUGAAAUGCCCACUUGAUGAAUACUAUAGUUAGAUUGCCGAAGUGACUUCAUUACAUAUUUUCGAAACAUAUUUUCGAUGAUCAGAUAAUCAUCAUUUAUUGAGCGAGAUACACGACAUAACCAUGACUUAUUCGAAAAAAAUCAUACCGAACAAACUCGUAGUACCCAGUUGAUUGAAAACAUUUAGUCCGAAAACGUUGGUUCUCAAGAAUGGCUCUCCAUACCGUUCAAACAAAUAGGUCCAUAAUCUAACAUUUCCAUUGAGGGGGAUCCAUGAUCCAAUUUUAGGGCAUCAAUAUGCUCCAAGUGCAAACAAAUUGUAGCAUGUAUUAAUUAACGUGUGUUAGUUAAGAGAAGCUACUAACAUGUAUUUGAUUACAUUAGUUGGUCAAGAGAAAAGCCAACUAAUUGUAUACUUUCCAUUUUGUAUAUAGAAUCUACCCUUGUCUUCAACUUUAAGGAGAAGACAAGUACCCAAGCUCUUGUUGGAUUCAAAUGAUUGAUCCUCUUGCUAUAGUAGUAUGGUCUUGGGACUCAUAGGUGCAUGAUUAGUUCUUACUAUAAGAUGUACACAAAUUAUAAUCUAUGAUCAUCGCAUUGAAAUCUUGUCCAAUUUUGGAUCUUAUAAUACACUUGUUCUUAAAAAAAAAUGAAUCGAUCCGUGUGAAUUUUGUACAAAUUCAUUAUAACUCAACUUCUAAUUGUUAACGUCAUAAAUUAUGAACAUUCAAUCAUGAAAUAUUUAGGCAAAGCAUGUGAUAUUAUGUUGUGAAAAAAGAAGAGUCCAGCCCUUCCAUCUUUUUGCCUUUCUCUUAUUUCUCGACAAAUGUAAAAGGUACAAUCCAUUGUGUUGUAUGCUCAAACCAACGAUCAAAAUUGUAAAUCGAGAUAAUAGAUAAACGAUAGAUCACUCUAAUAACUCGAUACUUUUGCAAGGUCCAUUAAAUCGUACCGUACCGGUGGUUCAACCAUAAAAUACCAGUAUCGGA